AUGAACCGCGGGGGAUACAGAGGGGCACAAAGAGGGCGCGGCGACCGUGAUUAUCAUGGGCCCCCCCCUUCUUUCCGAACAAAUGGCCGCUACGAGGGGCCCCGGGGAGGGUGGGGGCCCCCCCCUGAGGGCGGGGGAGGGGGCCCCUGGGGCGAGAGGGGGCCCCCCGGCAGCAGCCGCAGCGGCGGCAGAGGCGGAGGGUACGGGGGCCCCAAUGCGGGCAGGUGCUGGGGCAGGGAGGAGGCCCCUGGGGCCUCUUGGUACGGCAACAGCAGCGGGGGCCCCAGGGGGGCCCCCCGGGGGGCCCCCCGGGGGCCCCCAGGGUCUUACUGCAGGCGGCGGGGACGGGGCGACGGGGCCCGCGGCCGAUAUGAGCAGCAGGGAGAGUACAGCAGAGAGGACUCUGUGAAGAUGAAAGAGGCCCCCCCGCCCCCCAAGCAGGGGGCCCCCCCCUUUUGUCAGAACUUUGCUUAUUACGGAGAGUGCCGUUUCGGCAGCAGAUGCAGAUAUGCCCACGCCAUAGAGUGCGUGGGCUACCAAGAAGAGGCCCAUGGCGGCAAAAGCGUUCGCUGCUGCGUCGUCAACCCCGCAGCGUCUGAGAUUUUCACGGGAGGCAAAGACAAAAAGCUCAUGCGGUGGCAGAUAACUCAAGCAGCGCCGCAAGGCCCCGGGGGAAACGGGGGGGCUGGUGCUGCUGGCAACUUUGGGGGCGAACUGGACAGCAGCGGGGAGCCGCUGCUGGGCCUUUCUUGUCUGACUUGUACAGAUUUGGGGGCUGAAGUUUGCUGCUUGAAGAUGCUGGGCGGCGCGCUGUUUGCCGGGCUCGCAGACGGCCGAAUUAAGGCCUUCCUCGCCAACGGAGAUGUCAAGGAGCUCCAGGGGCACUCGAAAAGUGUUUACUGCCUUUUGCUGGUGGAGGGGGUGUUGGUGUCUGGAGAUUGGGGGGGAGAGAUUUGCUUCUGGAAGUUUGAAGAGGCCACGCAGGCCUUCACGAAGGUCCACUCGCUGCAGGUUGAAGGCAGCGUUUGCUGCAUGCAAACAGCAGAUGUGCCGCUUGCUGCUGCUGCUGCUGCUGCACCGGCCCCCCUGGGCACUCCCCCGGUCGCCCAGCCCGCCUCCAAGAAGGUGCUGUGGGUGGGGGGCACUGCGCUGUCGAUCGUGGACUUGCAGUCGCUGCAGGUUUUGCGCGUGUUGGACAUUUCGGAUGUGAAGGGCAACGGGCCUCCGCUGGUCUUGGCGCUGCUGCCGUUCAACGACUUUCUGCUCGUGGGGUUCGCCAGCGGGGCCAUUACGGCCUACACCGCAGAAGGGGAGCGGCAGUACUGUUUUGCUUCGGAUUAUCUUUCGGCCAUGGAGGGGCUGAUAUCCCCCGCAGGCCCAGUGCUGGUCUCUGGAGGGCGAAACUCCUCCAUUAAAGUCCUCAAGGUCCCGGAGUUUGAGGAGCAAGGGACGCUGCCUGCGCACGAGGCGGGAGAUGUGCGGGCAAUUUGCCCGCUGGGCAAUUCGCACUUUGUGACUUGCGGGGAUGACGGGGCCAUUGCGAUAUGGAAGUGGGCUCAGCCUAAGAAAGAAGUUCAAGCGAAGAAAUAA